GGUGUCUGGCCGCCGCCGCCGCACCCCGACUAGUCCGCCCUGAAGACACCCUCACUGUCCCGGGUCCCUCGACCAGACGUCCUCCUCCCCCCCCCCCAGGUGAUACCAGAACCGCUAUUCUUCGGCCAUGGCGACGAACGCGAAGCGAAAGCAGGAGGAGACUCAUCUCAAGAUGCUCCGGGAGAUGACGAGCCUGCCCGCGAAUAGGAAAUGCUUCGACUGCGACCAGCGCGGCCCGACCUAUGUCAACAUGACAGUGGGCUCCUUCGUCUGCACCACCUGCUCCGGGAUCUUGACUGAACCCCCGCACAGAGUGAAGUCAAUCUCUAUGACCACAUUCACACAUCAGGAAAUUGAGUUUCUACAGAAACACAGUAAUGAGGUCUGUAAACACAUCUGGUUGGGCCUCUAUGACGACAGGACAUUAGUUGUUCCAGAUUUCCGAGAACCACAGAAAGUUAAAGAGUUCCUUCAAGAAAAAUAUGAAAAGAAAAGAUGGUAUGUCCCUCCAGACCAGGCAAGAGCAGUAGCAAGUGUCCAGGCCUCGGUGUCUGGCUCCUCAGCCAGCAGCACUGGUAGCACCCCAGAAGUCCAACCCCUCAAGACCCUGCAGCUCAACAAGACCCCACUGCGCCAGUCACCGGGGAUAGGUCGUUCUCAGGCUCAUAGCGCUGCUCUGGAGAAGAAGUUUGACUUGCUCUCAGACCUGGGAGGAGACAUCUUUGCUGCUCCAUCCACUCAAACUUCCAGCUCCACCAACUUUGCCAACUUUGCACAUUUUCCAAGCCAGUCAGCACCUCAGGGUAAUUCAGAUACCAACUUUGCCAACUUUGAGGCAUUUGGAAACACUGCCAUUCCACCCCACCUGAGCAUCCCCCCCUCACAGUCCUUUUCAUCAGGGGGAGGUGUGCCAAUCCCAUCAAUGUCUAGUGCCGUCCCUGCCCAGUCCAACCAUAGAGAGGAUCGCUAUGCUGCUCUGGCUGAGUUGGACAUCGAGCUCAGCUCCUCUGUUACCACAGGCAGCAAUGUGCCAGGGAACUUAUUUGGACCAGUGCUAGGUUCAUCGCCAGCCCAGAAUCCACCUGUGUUACCCAGCAUGCAGCCUGGCUUUGGAGCCGUCCCAUCCACAAAUCCCUUUGUUGCUGCAGCUGUUGCCCCGGAGAUGGCCACCAACCCUUUCCAGGCAAAUGGCAGAGCUCCAGCUGCAGCCUCGUUUGGCACUGGCUCUAUGAGCAUGCCCGCCGGCUUUGGGAAUGCGUCUUCCUACUGCCUCCCGACCAGUUUCAGCGGAAACUUCCAGCAGCAAUUCCCUGGCCAGCCUCCCAUCCCUUACUCUCAACCUGGGGCCUACCACCCUCAGUCCAAUGGCCCUGCAUUCCCAGUCUACGGUCAGAACAAGCCGUCCAUGACGCCCUUUGGGCAGCCCAUGGGUGGCCCUGGCAUGUCCAAUAACCCAUUCAUGGCUGGAGCCCCAGCCGGGUCAUUCCCUUCAGGGGGUUCAACCAACCCUUUCCUGUAGCACAACUCCCAGUCUUUGUCACCAGAGGGCAGCAUGCAGCACAUAUUCAACGCAUACAUUCUGUCAUGCAGUUAGUGGCAGUGCAUUGUUUUUUAAGAAAAACUUACAUUUUUGUUUUUUUCACACAAAAAAGUUUACAACACUAUGAAGGAGAACAAAGGACUAUGUUGAAGACUAAGGGACUGUUAUGGGGAAAAUGUACUGUUUGGACUAUAUACAAUACAUUUUAUGCUUUUAUGUUAUUUGUUUAUGACUGUAGGCUCUGUGCAUAUCAUUAUUUGUAAUCACAAUUAAGUACAUGUUAUGUAUAACAAAGACUGAGUGAACAAAGGUGAGUAUACACACACCUUGUGGAAAAAAACCAACUACAAACUAUCCAAGUAGGUACGGGCGUAGACUUUGAGAAUAUUCUCUGGUUGCAAUCAAAUCCAUGAUCUCUGGUUAGAACAACCAUGAUGAUGCAGGUAUUUCAUUUUCAAAAGGGAUUUAUUUUGGUUAUUUUAGCAUAAUUGUGCUUUUGCUGGAACUAAUGUGCAAAAAUGUCCUUUAUUAACCUACAAGUUGCCUAUAACCCAAAACAACCCAACCCGUGUAUGGUUAAAUUAGAGUAAUAUCCCAAGCAGUAUGUUGGGAUACAGCAUUGAUCCUGGACUAUUAGACAUCCUUUUAUUAUUAUUAUUAUUAUUAUUGCCAAUAUCUGUGAAAUUGUGGAAAAAAGGGUUGGGGCUUUUUUUAUUUGAAACUAGGGCUAGCUCCUUGAAUAUGUAGCCAGCAUAGAUUUCUGAUUUGUUUAGCCCACCACCUAAAGAGACAAGCAUGUCUACCAGAGCACAAAUGGAGGAAAGAGGCAGGAAGCGCAGGAUUUAGGAUGAGUAUUUCUAUGUCCUGUUACCCCUCCUAAUCUAUAAAUAUUGUUAAAUAUACUUUAAGUGACCUCUAUUCUGCUUUUAUAUUUACACUAUGUUUUAAGGAAUAUGGUAAAGACAAAAGGAAAGACUGUUAGGAAAGCUUUAGGGUUGAAGGUGUGACCUAAAUUGGUUUGCGUCAAAAUAAGUGAAGUACUUAUUCUCAUGGUUGUGGGGGACUUGUCCUCUUGACAUGUUAUGAAAGUUUUACCAGAUCCUGCCUAGACAAAUAAAUGUACAACAUUUUAAACAAAGGAUUUAUGCAGGUUAACCACCGCUUCACCUGACUUGAUCUUAACUAAGGUGUUGGAAGUAUCAGAAUUCAAGCUUAUAAAAUAGAUAUCUGCACACUUAGAUCUAUGCAGAGUACACUUUAAAGAGUAUAAAGGGUCUCUUCAAACUAAAAAUGUAUCCAAUGUUAAUUAUGUUGUAUUCACUACACUCCCUUGACAUCUGUCUUCCUAUUUGCUUUUUUAUUAACAAGCUUAUGGAUUGAAAAAAAAUGAAAUUCGGAUCUUCUUUCAGUUUGCUUUAAAUUAAGGCAAGGAAAAAGAACAGAUUCAUUUAGGGAUUGUUACAUUACAGGAGCAGCCUGGUACUGAACCAGUGUCUUAUUUGUGCCACCAAUGACUAACAAUGAAUUUGACAAUGUGUUUCUUGUCUUUACAAGAAUAGGUAAGUAAAUGUGUACAUAUAUAAAUAUAUGUAUAAAUAAAUUAAAAGAUUUUU